GGAUCCCUUGUUAUCAGGAUCUGAGGUUGAGUUAGAGAUUGAGCUGGGCCUUUUCUUGUCAUCAGCUCCGCUCCCUCGCCUCAAUACGACUAAAGCCCGAUCAUGUUGAAACAGGUAAAAGAUUCUUUGGAAUAUUUGGAGAGCUAGUUGGUAGCUUCACAUCAUAACCCCAAACUUCUGGUUUCACCAUCUCCCUCUUCUCAGGGGACAUGUAUUGGUGAUUGACUUGGGAGUCAAGGCAUUAUUGAUUGAGAUUCUACAAAACUAAGACAGUACUUUUAUUAGUUAAAACCAUAUAGUUUCAACAAUUUUGUCACUUGUGUUGUGUGUCUUUGUUUGAACAUCUAGUCUGUUAUUUGAAGCAUCGUCAUCGUCAUCAUCUAUGUCUGUUUCAGCUUUCACUCCCCAAAUUCACACACCCCUUACAAUUAAACCCAAAAUCAAGCACAGACAGAAACAGAAGCCCAAAAGCUUUUCACUUUUCACAACCCCAAUAACACAAGCAAGUUUCUCUGACCCUUUUGUUCUUCAAUUAGCCGAGACUCUUGAAGACUCCCUUUCUCCUUCUGUCUCUCUUCAAAAACUCAGAGAUUCCUCCUCUGAAUCUCUUCUCUCUACUUCCUGGCCUUCUCGUAAAGAUGAGCCCUUUAGGUUCACCGAUACUUCAUUCAUCAGGCACUCACAAAUCCUUCCAAUCACCAAACCACCACAAUUAGAUUAUUUACCAAGCAUUAAUGGGGAUACCCUCUUGCCUAAUAUUGUUAUUGCUGAUGGGUUUGUGUUAAAUUCUAUGUCAAAGGUGUCUACUUUACCUGAUGGGGUUUAUGUAGGUGGUUUGUUGAGUAAUUCUAGUGAUAGAAUUGCCAAAAGGGUAUUGGAGUUUGUAGGUGAUUUUGAAUGGGGUGAUUUGUUUUGGUCAAUUAAUGGAUUAGGAACUCCUGUUAUGACUGUGGUUUAUGUUCCUGCUGGUGUAAAGGUGGACAAUCCAAUCCAUUUUAAGUAUGUUUCAGUCGAGGGAGGAGAGGAGGGGUCUAAAAAGUUGCCAGUUUCGAAUCCGAGGGUGUUUGUAGUGGUGGAGGAGGGAGGGGAGGUUGGGAUAAUUGAGGAGUUCGUGAGUAAAGAAGGGAAUGAUGAUAAGCGUUAUUGGGCGAAUCCUGUUCUAGAAGUGGUGAUUGGGAAAGGAGCAAAGGUUCGGCAUUCUUAUGUGCAGAGUCAGUCCUUAAAUUCUGCUCAUAUAAAGUGGACUGCAGUGCGACAGGAAGCAGCUAGUUCCUAUGAGCUUGUAGAGGUAAGCACUGGUGGGAAAUUGAGUAGGCACAAUCUCCAUGUUCAACAAUUGGGCCCAGAUACAGCAACUGAGUUAUCAACUUUCCACUUGUCUGUUGGUGAUCAAACACAAGAUUUACACAGUAGGCUAGUCUUGGACCAUCCAAGAGGUUAUUCUCAGCAACUUCACAAGUGUAUUGUUGCUCAUUCACAAGGACAAGCUGUCUUUGAUGGGAAUGUAAAGGUUAACAGAUAUGCUCAGCAGACAGAUGCGGGACAAUUAACAAGGAGCCUCCUCCUUGAACCACGUGCAACUGUGAAUAUCAAACCCAAUCUCCAAAUUAUUGCUGAUGAUGUCAAGUGCUCCCAUGGAGCUGCAAUAAGUGAUCUGGAAGAAACCCAACUCUUCUACUUUCAAGCACGUGGCAUUGACCUAGAGACGGCUCGAAAAGCUCUUGUAUUUUCCUUUGGUGCUGAGGUGAUUGAGAAGUUACCCUAUUCUUUCAUCCGGAAACAAGUCGAGAAUCAUGUCAAGGGGUUGCUGGAUUCCUCUUUCAAGGGAUCCUCGCAUUGAGGGGUAGUGGAAGUUUUGCAAAUUCGUGUUUUGACAGAGUUAUAAAUUGCUUUGCAGAGGGAUAGUCACCACCAGUAUAUUUUUGGCAUGUACCAAGUAGCUGGUAAUGUUCUAUUGGGGUUUCAUGUAUCCAACGAUGAGGAGGGAUGUUGUGCUACCAUCAAAAUGCAAAAUUAAUGCAGAUUUCUUUUGUUGUUUCAAA